CCUUUAACAACAUUGGUCUCCUUAUCGGUCACAUCUGAACUGUGACUCUUCACUGACAGACACGCCCCACGUACUUGUCAGUAUUAAAGACACAUUUAACAUCAGCUGACUCUGGCUCUGGAGCUCUGCCUACUUAUCCAAACAAGAUGAGGAAAUUAAUUGUGUUGCUCCUCUUCUCUCACGUUGUCUCACCAGUGAAACACUCCCUGAAAUAUUUCCUCACUGCAACUUCUGGAGUGCCAAACUUCCCAGAGUUUGUGGGCGCUGCAAUGGUUGAUGAAGUUCAGGUGGGUUACUGCGACAGCAACAUCAAGACAGCAGAACCCAAACAGGACUGGAUGAAAAGAUUGAUAAAGGACGACCCACAGCAUCUGGAGUGGUAUGCUCUGAAGUGUUUAGGUAAUCAGCAGGUCUUCAGAGCCAACAUUGACAGCUUGAAGCAACGCUUAAACCAAACUGGAGGCUCCCAUAUUUUACAGAGGAUGAACGGCUGUGAAUGGGACGACGAGACAGGAGAGAUUGUUGGUUUUAAUCAGUACGGUUAUGAUGGAGAAGACUUCAUAGCACUGGACCUGCAGACACUGACAUGGAUCGCUCCAAAACCACAAGCUCUCAUCACCAAACUAAGAUGGGAUACUGAGAAAGCUCGAUUAGAAUACAAUAAGAACUACUACAUUCACAAAUGCCCCGAGUGGCUGAAGAAAUAUGUGCACUAUGGGAAGAGCUUUCUGCGGAGAACAGAGUUUCCCUCAGUGUCUCUCCUCCAGAAGACUCCCUCCUCUCCAGUCAGCUGCCACGCUACAGGAUUCUACCCUGACAGAGCCAUGAUGUUCUGGAGGAAAGAUGGUGAGGAGCUUUAUGAGGAUGUUGAACACGGAGAGAUCCUCUCCAACCAUGACGGAUCCUUCCAGAUGAGCAUUGAGCUGAAACUUUCAUCAGUCCCACCUGAAGACUGGAGGAGGUACGAAUGUGUGUUUCAGCUCUCAGGUGUGAAGGACGACAUCGUCACCGAACUGAACAAAGCAGUGAUCAGAACCAACUGGGUUUCUCCCUCAGAGUUCCCUGCUGGUCCUGUUAUUGGAGGUGUUGUAGGACUGCUGCUGCUCCUGGCAGUCUGCAUCACUGGAGUCUUCAUCUGGAGAAGGAAAGAUAAUGGAUUCAGACCAGCUAACUCUUCAGACUCAUGACCCUUUGAAACUUCUUCAGUCAAAGAAGUAGCUCCUAACUGAUCACCGAGUAACAACAUCUGGAGAGAACUGAUGCUGCUGUCCAGCUGUUUCCUCAAACCUUUGGUGGAGAUGAAUCACUGCAGCAGCUACCAGACACCAAAGAGCCACAACGUUACUCCAGUGGGGCAUCUUUUGUCUUCAGAUAUCAAAUUCAUGUCAGUUAGUCAUGUGAUGUACUGUCUUUGAUGAUGAUUAACAUUAAGUUCAUUCAUGGGAGACAUGAAUGACUCAGCAUGCUCUGCUCCUAAAGCUGGAUCCAAACAUCCUAAAACUUAAAUGUCCAACUACUCAUGCUUUCACUAACAAUUAGUUUGACAGUUGCAUUUCAGAAACACUAAUGAAGAUUCUGCACUAGGCCACGGUUGAAGACAUUUUAAUGUUUUUGUUUCUCUAUUUGUGUCAUUGUGAUUCCUUCCAUAGUUUGAAGUGUAAAUAUCUGUGACUUAUGUCUCAGUCUUCCAACACACAUUGCUCCUCCACUCCAAGUAACAGGUGUAACUCUUUUUACACAUACAUUUGUAAACGUUUCCACAACUUUACACCACACAAAUAUAUUUGUGAAUAUUUAGAUAAUCCUCAUGUCAUUGAAACUCACAUAUAAACACAAUAACACUUGUUAGAGCUUAUACAUUUAUAUCUUAUAUCAUGCCAUCUUCAAAUGUCUUGUAUUUGUCAUGCGGAUGAUGAAUGCUAAUGGUAAUUUUAAGGUUAUUGUUAAUGCUCAGAUUAUUGGGGUUAGAGGAUUAAUUAGGGUUUUACCUGUGAUGGAUGUACUUUAUUCCAUAUUACAAAAAUGGCAAAACUGAUUUGUCUACAUGACAGUAUACGUCUUCUCUAAGGUUAUGUGUGACUAAAUGUUUUCACUUCAGUUAAAGUUUGUCUCUACAUCAUCUACAAGCUAAUGAUUAAUUAUGAAUUUUUAAUCAAUUAUCUUUUCACUUGUGAUUUGUAAAACAUGAUUUUUUGGGGGUCACAGUUCUCAGAUGUGUCAUAUACAGUAGGUGUAGAAAUGAUCUCCUGUAUGUACAUAAGGUCAAAUGGGAAUUAGAAAAUAUAUUUUUAUAUAUCUUUUCUUUAUUUGGGUAACCUCAUUUUGUCUAGAGGGGCUGCUACAUUUUCUAGUGUCAUAUUUGUUCUCAUUUGUUCUAAUAGUGUUUAUAUAUUUACCUUCAAUUAAUAAAUAAAAUUCUUCUGAA